GAGCAAAAAUGUCAAUGAGUGUUGCAUCUUAUUUGGCAUGUUUGAAUCAAACACAUUUCCCAGCAAUAUGAAAGGCUGUCGUAGUUAUCACCUUCGCUCAGCGGGUGUCAAACGUAACCGACCAAUCAGUUUUAACCCAGCGGUCAGCCAUCAAUAAAAGUGGCCGGAGUUUUCUACAGGACAACAUUCCACUCAUUUACGACUAGGAGUUAACAUAGUUUGAGAGGACAGCACUUGACAACAACUCAAGAAUAAUUCAGAAAAUGAGCAUGGCUCUGUUUCAUCCAUUCAGCAUUGAAAGUUUGACAUCAGGCAUUGGCGCGCCAAUGCAAUACGGAGAUUACCAGCGACCAGAAUACCUGUCAACUCCUUCCCUAAACUUCACAGCUCUGACUCGUGCUGUGGACCCUGAAGAUGACGCGGCGUUCCCGAUACCAAACCUCCACAGUAGUUCAUCGGCCGGCAGCAGUGGCCUCCCGUCACCGGCCUCCACGAGCAGUGUUUCCGAGGGCACGGCUCCCUCCCCGUCACCCUCCGUUGCUUCCACCAGCAGCGACACGGCUUUAGACUUGACACAGACCCUGAGGUCGUUGGAAAGAACGUCUGAUAGAUUGACAGCGACAUCGGAAGACAAGAGUGGCAAGCCUUCGCUGUCCUACAUUGCUCUUAUUUCUAUGGCAAUUCUCAGCACGCGCGAGAAAAAGAUGCUUCUCAGCGACAUCUACCAGCACAUCAUGGACAAUUUUCCUUACUACAGCAACAAGGAGAAAGCAUGGAGAAACAGUGUCCGCCACAACUUGUCUCUGAACGAGUGUUUUAUCAAGAACGGGCGCGCCGAUAAUGGAAAGGGACAUUACUGGUCUAUCCAUCCAGCUUGCAUUGAAGACUUCUCAAAGGGUGACUUCCGCAGACGACAGGCAAGACGCCGCGCAAAACGCAGCUCACCCGACACUUCUUCACUCAAGAUGAACCAGAGCCAACAUUCCAAGUUGAAUUACCACUACAGCCUUGGGUACGUCCCCAUGACUUCCGUGAUGUCAUCCUACAGCUCCUAUCACCCAUACGCCAGUCCAGCCACGCGGUACCAGGCACCACCUCUGCAUCACUAUCCUCACUCCGCGCAGAACCCUCACACGUUGUUCCCUGCCCUGUCACAGGCGCUGCCACAAGAUAUAUUCCUCAGUUCGACUAACUCCAGUUGCAAGUAUGCUUCUUUGCCAGACCACCAAACACCAGAGCUGCCAAUAGACUUCAAACCUUACUUCUACAAAUAGACGAUUCACUUUUUGACAGGCGAUCAUACCUGACGAUUUAACGUUGAACUGGUGUUGAUUUUCUACAGUGCAAUCUAGUCUUAAUUUAUUUUAUAAGUUUACCCAUGUGUUUGGAAGAGAACUGCGGUUGAUUUAAAGUGAUUUUCAGAUAUUAUAGACUUAUCUGAAUUUUUUUACUCAGUGCGUGCUGUGCACAUACUGAUAUUAGUAUAUUAGGUGUAUAUAUAUUAGGAGUAAUGUCAAAUAACAAGCACCGCAAGAUUUGCAGAUUUAUUUAUUAUAAGUGUAAAACGUUGCUGAAAGCGUAAUAAGCUGAAAUAAUGUCUUUUAUUGUCUGUGCGAAAUUUAAUUUUAUCUAAGAUUAUAUUGACAACAAUUACAGUUUGGAUAUUUGACUUGUUCCAACGGUUAUAUAAGUCAUGACGAACAAUUUAUGCCAAGUUUGAAUUAGGUCGGUGCUGCAAUAAGAACCAAACCAUCGUUUUGUUUUGUAAAUAUGUUUCUAUCAUCAUUGUGCAAUAAAAUCACCUUUUGUAGUAAAACAGGUUUCUUUGUCA